CCGUGGCGGGAAAUACAGUGCGGGAGCGUGUUCGUUGACAGUGACAGUUUUUGUUGUGCUUAUAAUUGAAAAUUAAAUAACGCGUCAAUAAACAUGUCGUUCGGAACUGGAUUCGGUGCCUCAACACCCGCGGCCAGCUCGGCCUUCUCCUUCGGCGCCGCGAACCCCGCCGUCACCGCGACCCCCAUCAAGCCUGCUGGUUUUGGUACAACUGGAACUGGAUUUGGAUUUGGUAAUCAAGCAACAGCUUCAAACACAUCCCUGUUUGGUACACCAGCUGUUCAACAAGCCCCUGCGUUUGGGUCAACAACAUUUGGUGCGCCAGCAGCAACAGGUUUUGGCAUGACUUCUGGAACUGUAGCUGCAACCCCAGCCACGAAUUUCGGAUUUGGAAUGGGUACUAGUACAGGGUUUGGUGCUACUCCUGCAGCUUCCUCGUCCUUUGGCUUAGGUUCUACAGUUCAGCCAACAAGUAGCACAGGAGGUUUCGGAGGUUUUGGAGGCUUUGGCACUACAGCUACCACUACCUCGGCUCCAUCCCUAUUUUCAGGAUUUGGUACAACAAAUACACAACCUGCAUUUGGUGCCAGUACUGGAGGCUUUGGAGGAUUUGGUGCAAAGCCAGUUACAACCAGCACUAGUACUGGCUUUGGUGGUUUUGGCACUGGAAGUACAUUUUCGGGUUUCGGUACAGGCUUGACUCAGCCACAGCAGCAGUUGCAGCAACAGCAACAACAGCAACAACUACAGCAACAACAACAGCAGCAGCAACAGCAAAGUUCAAACGCGAUAUCGGAAGCGUUGUACAAUGCUGUAUUUAAUUGCCAGUUAUUCAAUGAUGAGCGAGAUAAUACAAUUGCUAGGCUAAACCUGAUUCAAGCAUUGUGGGGUGUAGGAAAAGCUUACUAUUAUGCAACUGCGCCACCGAUAGAAUUAAUUCAAGAAAAUCCGUUGUGUCGCUUUAAAGCUAUUGGCUACAGCCGCAUGCCAGAUGCAGAUAACAAUGAUGGCUUGGUAAAUUUUUGCUUUGCAAAAAAGGAACAAGAAUUAAAAGAUGCCAAACCACAGCUGAUAGCUUCAUUAGGACAAAUUUUAGGUAACAAACCAAAUCUCACAGUGACAAUAGAUAAUAUAAAGUCUCUGGGCGAAGCAAAGGGUCAAGUUACGAUUUUUGUUACGGAAAAGAGCGCCACAGGAUCUCUCAGGAAAAUUCCUGCCGGCGAAUUAUUUGCCUACUUUUCUCAGGCCAUGCAAAAGCAACAAUUAACACAAUUAGGAGUAGAAAAUAUGUUUCCACAAUUAAAGUUAGAUCCAGCACAGCUUAAAGAGUACAUGGACAACCCACCAUGUUCCAUAGAUCCGAGAUUAUGGAAACAAGCUCAAUUGGACAAUCCAAACCCAGAGCACUACAUUCCUGUACCGAUGAUUGGUUUUCAACAGGUAAAACAUCGACUUAAAUGUCAAGAGGAAGAAACUGCAAGACAUCGUGCAUUUCUCGAUUUAACAGCGGAAAACAUUCAAAGUUUAAAAAGGCAACACACAUCUACACAGGCAAGGUUGAAAGAGCACAGGAGAUCGCUCAUGGAACUUCAACACAGAGUACUUCAAAUUUUAGUACGGCAAGAAAUAACCAGAAAAAUUGGUUUUUCGCUGCAACCAGAGGAGGAAGUGUUAACCAACAGUUUCGAAACGAUGCAUUCCCAAAUCAGCGCCCCAACUCAGUUUAAGGGUAGAAUUAGUGAAAUGUUGUCCCAGUUACGAAUGAGACGGCAUACGGAUACCCAAUGUCAAGAAAGAUAUAGUAUGGAUCCUAUUGCGCAAGACGACAUUAAAACGUAUCUGAACAUGGAGCAACAGGGAAUGGCACAAUUGAUAGACACCGUUAAUACUGAUUUGGAAUGUUUGAAGAUUAUCAAAGAUGGGAUGUCAGAGCUUCUUGCCAGUGCUGGAUCGUCCGCCUCUUGAUUCUCGCAGGUUAAAUUUAUUACAAUUUACUUGUAAUUAGACUAAUUUCCAAGUCGUUUGAUAAAAACUAUUUAUUCAAAGGAUUUCCACGUUAAUUUUGUUGAAUAUAUUGUUAAGGUUUUGAAGGAUAUUUGUAAUAAUGAAUAAAAUGGAAAGAAUUUUAGUAAA